AUGUAUUUUAUCCUAGUUGCAGAGAUAAAAUCAUUCUGGAAUAAUUUGAGGAUUGCGAUGAUGGAAAUUUACAACCUUAUGAUUGAUGCUAUUAAUGUAAAUUCCAAUGUAUUAAAGAGAUUAAUUUAUUAACAAUAGUUGUCAUUCUGUUUGUGGCGACCAAAUGAUCACAAAAGAAGAAGAUUUGAUGAUGGAAAUUCAAUAAAGUUUGAUGGUUGUUUUUAGUGCAAGUGUUCCUAUCUAGAUUAUUGUUUUGAUUUUUAAAGGUAAUUGUCUAGAGUGCAAUGA